GACAGACAACCUAUCAACACCGUAGCCGCGUUGUGUUAACAUACGUGUGUGGGACAACAAAUCACUUGAACAAUGAGGUCGAGAAUGACAGUAAUUCCAAAAUUGUUCUCCCAUUGGUGGGAGACGUUGGAACGUUCACAUCGAUUACUCGAUCAACGGUUUGGUAAAGGAUUAAAUCCGCAAGAUUUUCCCCCAUCAUUUUUCGAUAGAUCACCGUCCAGAUUUCUGCCAUACAAUUAUUACCGACCAUGGUGGGAUCGAUUCGAAGAAGAGGAAGAAAGUGGAUGGUCGAUCAUCAAAGAUGACAAGGACAAGUUCCGCGUUGUCCUUGAUAUACAACAAUUCAAACCAGAAGAAGUAAAUGUAAAAGUUGUCGACAAUUUCAUUGUUGUUGAGGGAAAACACGAAGAAAAGGAAGAUGAUCACGGAGUAAUCUCUAGGCAUUUUAUUAGAAAGUAUUUAGUACCGGAUCAAUGUGAUCCCGAAAAAGCAUCGAGUGUUUUGUCUUCGGAUGGUAUUCUAACCAUAACGGCACCGAGACGGCCAGAAACACUUGAAGCCAAGCAAGAAAAAACGAUUAAAAUAGAGCACACUGGUAAACCAGCAGAAGAAACCCAGAAAGCAAAACAAUCUCAGUAAAAAGUUCCCUGUUUUUCUAUGUAUAUUUGUACGUGUCUAGUACAUAUUUUGUAAGGUACCUUUACGUUCCUCGCACUAUGUAUGAGUUGUAUUUAUAUGUACGUCGUUUUGUACUUUCAAGGAAGCGGAACUCCGUGAUAAAUUCGUACGAAUAAAACGGAAGUACAAUGGA